AUGGCGACGGAGACCUUCCAGCUUUCAUUUCCCUUGCCUCGGUCCCUUGAGGCCCGGGUCUAUGUCCGCUUGAUCAUCCAGGCCAAGUCCAUCAUGAUCUUCCUGACCACCGCAGCGGCAGACGAGCUUGGGACACCACCUCCUAUGGGCUCCUUUGUCUAUGCCCUGCCUGAUAAGCUCAACCCGGGCCAGCCACUCUCGACCCCGCUGUAUACAGCUGGGUCAUCAGAGGACUUCACCACGCGGUUGGCGAGGCUGAUCGCAAAAAAGGCCCAGCUGCCCGUCUAUGUCGCGAACUCGAUGAGCUUUUCUAGCACCGGCCUGGGCGGGACGGUCGAGGAGGAAAUGGAGGCGUUCAGGAGAGUCGUGGAGGUGGUCACCGUGAAGCUUCAGGACGUACUCGGCAUCACCACCGGCGUGUCUGCCAUGUCUGUCAGCAGCUCAUGA